AUGAGUCCAGUUAUGCCUCGCAACUCCUACAGAAUACAAACACUAUCCCUAACACUAUUCCCAUUGUUUAUCGCAUUGCUGUAUAUCAUCAUCAUGAGUACCCUCCCUAAUGCCAUUGCCAGUAUUGUAACCAUUGGCAAAAAUGAGACAGAUCAUCUUGCAUUGUUGGCCAUCAAGUCAAAGAUAAUUCAUGACCCUCGGGGUGCCAUGAGCUCAUGGAAUGACUCCCUUCAUUUCUGCAACUGGGAAGGUGUUGCAUGUGGUCAUCGCCAUCGUAGAGUCAUCGCCAUUGAUCUAGGGUCCAAAGGCUUAGUGGGUUCAUUGUCACCUCAUGUUGGAAACUUGAGCUUCCUUCGGGUGUUAGAGCUCUCCAACAACACCCUUGAUGAUAAAAUCCCUCCUCAAGUUGGUAACUUGUUCAGGCUGCAGGUAUUGAGGCUGCAAAAUAACAGCUUUGAAGGAGAAAUUCCAGCCAACUUAUCCCACUGCUCCAAUCUCAGGCUUCUUGUUGUAAGUCCUGGAGGGAUCCCUCAAUCCAUUGGAAGACUGACUUCUCUAGAAACACUGUCUGCAGCUGAAAAUCUUUUCACGGGCAGUCUUCCUGAUGCCUUGGGUCAAUUGAAAAACCUAAAGAGACUCCUUCUUGGUGAUAAUGAACUAUCUGGUACGAUCCAUCCAUCCAUUUACAAUCUUUCUUUUCUAACUCAACUCUCUUUGGGUGGUAACCAACUUGAAGGCACUCUUCCACCCAGUUUGGGUCUGAUGCUCCCUAAUCUUGAACUCCUCCAAUUAUCGGUGAACAAAUUCACUGGACCUAUUCCACUCUCAAUAUCCUAUUGUACACCAUUAGAAAGACUUUAUAUUGGUAAAAAUAAUUUCAAUGGGAAAUUAGGUAUUAACUUUGGGGGCCUCCAAAAUCUCAAAAGAAUUUUUCUAUAUAAAAAUAAUUUAGGAAGUAGAGAGCCAGAUGAAAUGAAAUUCAUUGAUUUUAUAGCCAAUUGUAGCAAUUUGAACUAUUUAAUACUGUCUGAUAACCAAUUCAGAGGCCUCUUACCCAAUUCUGUGGGCAAUCUCUCAAACCAACUUUUUAAACUAUCACUAGAUAGGAAUUUCAUUCAUGGAAAACUCCCUUCAGCAAUAGGUAAUCUUGUCAACUUAAAUUUUCUAGCUCUAUCAAUUAAUCAAUUCACGGGGACAAUUCCAGCUUCUAUCGGAAAUCUUCGAAAAUUAGAACGGGCAUAUCUUUACAGGAAUACAUUCCAUGGGGAAAUUCCAAAAUCUAUAGGAAACUUGUCAUUAUUGUUAGAGCUUUACUUGGAUGAGAAUAGAUUAGUUGAGAACAUACCAUUGAGUAUUGAAAAUUGCAAAAAAUUGCUAUUGCUUGAUCUCUCUCAAAAUAAUCUUAGUGGCACCAUACCCAAACAACUUUUGAGAAUAUCAGCUCUUUCUAUUUCACUAAAUCUAUCUCGAAACCAUUUGAUCGGAUCCCUCCCUUCAGAGAUUGGCAACCUAAAAAAUUUGGGGGAAUUGGAUAUAUCUCAUAAUGAGUUGUCUGGUGAAAUUCCUAACAGCCUCGAGAGUUGCACUAGUCUCGAAAUCCUCUAUUUGGAGGGAAACUUCUUUAAUGGAUCUAUUCCUCAAUCAUUGAGUUCGUUGAGAGGUAUUCUGAACUUUGAUAUCUCUAGAAACAAGUUGUCCGGAGAGAUUCCAAGAUUCUUGGAGCAUUUUUCCUUGGAGAAUCUUAAUUUAUCCUUCAAUGAUUUUGAGGGUGAGGUGCCCAUUAAAGGAGUUUUUGCAAAUGCUAGUGCAAUAUCAGUUGUUGGAAACAAAAGACUCUGUGGGGGCAUACCCAAACUUCAACUACCAAAAUGCAACAUCAAAGAAUCAAAGGAACAAAACAGUUCUCUUGUGCUCAUAUUAGUAAUCUCCAUACCGUGCACAAUUUUGGGUUUUAUAAUGGUCCUAUCUUUCUGGUUUUGUUGGGUUAAAAAGAAAAGAAAUGCUCAACCUUCUGGAAUAGUGUUGAGGGAUUCAUUCUUGAAAGUGUCUUAUGAAAUGCUCCUCAAAGCAACUGACAGGUUCUCUUCAACAAAUUUGAUUGGUGUGGGUAGUUAUGGCUCUGUCUACAAAGGAAUCCUUGAUCCAAAUGAAACCAUUGUUGCUGUCAAAGUACUAAACCUCCAACACCGGGGAGCUUCCAAAAGUUUCACAGCCGAAUGUGAAGCCUUGAGAAAUAUCAGACAUCGAAAUUUGGUAAAGAUCAUAACUUCUUGCUCAAGUGUUGAUUUUCAAGGAAAUGAUUUUAAGGCUCUAGUUUAUGAGUUCAUGCCCAAUGGCAGUCUAGAGAGUUGGUUGCAUUCAAGUCCAACAACUAAUAACGGAGAGAAUAAUCAAAUUCAGAGCCUAAAUCUUCUUCAAAGAAUAAAUGUUGCAAUUGAUGUGUUGUGUGCAUUCCAGUAUCUUCAACAUCAUUGUCAAACACCAAUAAUUCAUUGUGAUCUAAAGCCAAGCAAUGUCCUACUUGAUAGUGACAUGAUUGCUCAUGUAGGAGAUUUUGGGCUCGCAAAGUUUCUUCAACAACUCACAAAUCCAAAUCAAAGCAGUUCAAUUGCAGUGAGGGGAACCGUUGGUUAUGCAGCUCCAGAGUAUGGUCUGGGAAGCAAAGUUUCGACAAAAGGGGAUUUAUACAGUUAUGGGAUCUUGGUAUUGGAGAUGACGACAAGGAAAAGGCCAACUGACAGUAUGUUUGAGGGGGGCCUUAACCUUCAUAAUUUUGCUAGGAUGGCUUUGCCUGACCGUGUUAUGGAGAUUGUAGACCCAAGACUUCUGAACAUUGAUGAUGAUGAUAACGCAGCGGCAGUGUCGAAUAGAAAUCAAUUUCCAGAAAAAUUAAGAAAUGGCAUCAGAAUGGAGUGUUUGAUCUCAAUGAUCAGGGUUGGAGUUGCAUGCUCCAUGGAGUCACCACAAGAUCGGAUGGACAUAACUGACGUCUUUCGUGAGCUGAAUUUGGUCGGGAAAAAUCUUCAAGGGGCUGAAACGGGUCUUGAUGCAUAA